GUCUCCAAUUCAGGUCGCUGUUCAUCAUGGCGCAGUUCCGUGCAAGGAAGCUUGAUCUGGGCUGUUUCGUCAACAUCAAAAUCAUCCGAGAUCAUACCAAGCGGAAAGUGUUCGAGGAGCAUGAACCGGAAAGACAAGCACUUAGAUACCUGGUGCGGAAUACGUCCUUACCACAACGAACGAGAGCCCAGGCGCAACUGCAAUUGACCCAAAUGCACCCCUACACAAGCCCGACCAAGAUCAAGAACCGGUGUAUUAUGGGGGGCAAAGGCAGGGGAGUCUCAAGAGCCUUCAGAAUGGCGAGGUUCCAAUUCCGCAUGAAUGCGCUUGCGGGCAGGUUACCUGGUGUGAAGAAAGCGAGCUGGUAAACAUUGGGAAGCGUAGGGAUUGACGCUGUUGCAUAGCGCCGGCGUUAGCUCGAUGGGUUGGAUGGGAUUCUGGACGACGGUUGUACGAGUAUGAGCCGGGCCGCUCGAGCAAGCCUAUAUGGAGAUAUGGUGAGAAGGCAAAGCAGCACACAGCGUAUGGCCGUGGCCUCAGCUCUGGAUAUCCACAGUAAUUGCGUUCAUACG